CAUCCCUUCUGUUUCAAGAUGGCGGCGGCGGAGGCGGUCGUGCUGCUGGAUGCUCUGCAGGGGCAGGUGGCGGCAGUGACCGAGCACGGGAGGGCGCUGCUGCAGAGGGUGCGGGGGGGGAAGCUCCGCACUGAGAAGGGGCUGUCGCUGCUGGAGCUGCGGGCGCAGGCGCUGCUUCAGUACCUGCAGGACCUGGGGCUAGUGCUGGGGGCCAAGACCCGGGGGGGGACCCUGGGGGGGCUCCCGGCCCUGCCCCGCCUCCUGGAGACCCGUGUGGUCCUGGAGAAGCUGCGCCCCAUCGAGCACCGCCUCAAGUACCAAGUGGAGAAGCUGCUGCGGGCGGCCAUGAUGGGGGCCCCAGGAGCCGAGCACCCCUUGGCCUUCCAUCCGGAGCCCUCCAACAUGGCCGAGGAACCUGAAGCAGCCCCGCCGAAGGCCCCUGGCUUAGGGGGCGGGCGCCGCUACGUCCCCCCCCACAUCCUCCCCGUGCAGUACGAUUCCGUGGGGCGGGAGCAGCGGGCGCAGGAGGCGGCGCAGCGCCGGGCCCUCAGCAGCUCCGUGCUGCGGGAGCUGAGGGAAGAGCUCAGCGACGCCCCCCAAGAGCUGUGGGGCAGCCGGGGGGCAGGCGGCGAGCGGCCCCACAGGGGCGAUGUGGAGAGGACCCGCCUGGAGGAGUCGCUGCUCCUGCGCCUGAGCGAGAGCCGCCAGGAACGGGCCGCGCGGCGCCGCCGUCAGCGCAUGACGUCAUCGGGGGGCGGGGCCUUGGCCGCCAUCACCCACUUCGGGGCCUCGGCCGCCCUCUGGGAGCCGCCCAAUCAGGAGGCGCCGCCCGCCAAGAGGAAGAAAAAGGCAGCCAAUGGGAAGAGGAAGAAGAGAAAGGGUUUCCAUCGGCGGCGCUGA